GUAGCAGCUCCCACAAAAGAACAAUAGCGCUAGAGCCGCGAAAACCAAAAGAAAAGGAAAACGAAUGCGAUUUUGGGUCUGGAAGAAAGAAGAGAUCGCGUCGCCGACGUCGGAAGAAGGAAGAGCUCUGCGUCAUCGUCUUUGGGUCUGGAAGAACUGGUAGAUCUGCCCGUCUUCGAGUGAACAAUUGGUCGAUCUCGUCCAUCUCUGUCCGUCGGCUUCGGGUGGGUGUCUCCGUGGCUAGCUUCAAGUUUGAUGCUAAAAUUUUCAGCAUUAACUGCACAAGCUAUAACAGCAAGUGCUCAGUCAGCUUGUUGGAAUUUUGAGGUUUUGUUUUAAACGUUCUUCUUGGGAUUGUCAGCAUGGAAAAAGGAGAAGAACACUCAUCUUCACUAACACCAUCUAGCUCAAAUCCUCCAAGCACGGACAUCUCCAAAACUACUCCAAACCUUUCAAAUUACAUGCACAGUUGGCAUGGACCAGUGCCUGCAUGGUCACCGGCUUUUAUGCCAUAUCCAGAUGGUAACCAAUAUCCAAGCAACAUUCAGAAUGUUGGUUACCAAUUUCAGUAUGAGAUGAGACCUCCGAUUCCUCUCAUCACUACAAGCUCCGCAACAAGCUCAAGAGUUCGUACAGAGGAUACACCCGAUUGUAAGGAAACUGAAGAGCCAUGUAUUUCCUCUAGAGUUGAUGAGGAAAGUAAAGAGAAUGGACCAGAUUCACGGGAAACCAAGAAUGGCAGUGUUAGGACACCCGAGUGUGUCCAAAUGGAUGAUGGUGACAUGAUUGAGGAGCCAGAGUCGGGAAUGGAGUUUAAUUCUUUUGAAGAAUUAAUGAGCUAUUACAAGCAAUAUGCUAAGAAAUGCGGGUUUGAGGUGAUGACAAAAAGGAGUGAGAGAGGAGAGGAUGAGACUGUUAGAUAUAUCACCCUUGCUUGUGCCCGUGGUGGGAAGGCUCGGAAUAGGACGUUGAAUGUCACCAAACCACGUCCGACAGGAAAGACAGAAUGUAAGGCAAAGAUUAAUGCCUUAAAAGUUGAGGGAAAAGUGCGGUUGACAACAGUUCAUAAUAUCCAUAAUCACGAUCUCAGUUUACAGAAAUCGCGUUUCUUUCGAUGUAAUAGAGAAAGUGAGACCGUAAAAAGAGUUUUAGAUACAAACAACUUGACUGGCAUUCAAAUGAAUAAGAGCUUUGGAUCUCUUGUCGUUGGCGCAGGUGGAUUCGAGAACCUCCCAUAUUUGGAAAAAGAUUGUUGUAAUUACAUCGACAAUGCAAGACAUCUACGACUUGGGAAAGGUGGUGCUGUAGCGCUUCGAGAGUAUUUUGUUAGGAUGCAGUACAAAAAUCCCGGAUUUUUUGCAUUAAUGGAUUUAGAUGAUGACGGAAGGUUAAAAAAUGUCUUCUGGGCAGACCCCCGUAGUAGGGUAGCCUAUCAAUAUUUCGGUGAUGUGGUCACAUUCGACACCACAUACCUAACGAAUAGAUAUGAGAUGCCCUUUGUACCAUUUGUUGGUGUAAACCACCAUGGACAGUCAAUUUUGUUGGGAGUAGGAUUGAUUUCCAGUGAGGAUACGGAGACCUUUGUGUGGUUAUUCCAAACUUGGUUACAAUGUAUGGAUGGUAUAGCUCCGAAAGCUAUUAUCACAGAUCAUAACAGAGCAAUAAAAAAUACAAUUGCUAUUGUCUUUCCAGAAAGUCGACAUAGAUUUUGCCUGUGGCAUAUAUUGAAGAAAGUUCCCGAAAAGCUUGGCUCUCAUGGUUCCUAUAAAAGUGGGUUAAAAAAUGCAUUGAUGAAAUGUGUGUAUGACACCCAAAGUGUUGAAGAGUUUGAGAAAUGUUGGGAUGAGUUAAUCACAACGUACAACUUACAUGAGAAUGUCUGGCUGCAAAGUUUAUUUGUUGAGCGUGAGCAUUGGGUACCGGCAUUCUUGAAAGAGUUUUUUUGGGCUGGAAUGAGUACAACCCAACGGAACGAGAGCAUAAAUGUCUUUUUUAACGGUUAUGUGAGUUUAAACUUAAAAGAGUUUGUCGACCAGUUUGACAAUGCUUUGAAAAUGAAAAUUGAGAAUGAAAAUAGUGCGGAUUUUCACUCAUUUAACGUCACAAUUCCUUGUAUAUCUAGAUCUCCAAUUGAAAAGAAAUUUCAAGAUUUGUAUACGAAUGCAAAAUUCAAGGAAGUUCAGCAGCAACUUACUGGUAUUAUCGAUAUGGAUCCAACUUUACUUAAGAGGGAUGGUGCAAUAAAGACCUAUCUGGUUGAGGAUGAAGUUCGUGGGGAAGAGUUCACUAAACUGAUUACACAUUCUGUGGACUUUAAUGAGGAAGAUGCAGCUGCAAAGUGUUCAUGUGGGUUAUUUCAGAUGAAGGGGAUAUUGUGUAGGCACAUUUUGGCCGUAUUCAAGUGUAACAAGAUAAAGUCUUUGCCAGAAAGGUACAUUUUAGAUCGAUGGAGGAAGGACAUCAAAAGAAGAUACACGUUCAUCCAUAGUAGCUAUGACUCAGGGGAUCAACGGGCAGAUGCUAAUAGAUAUUCAAGUUUAUUGAAUAUCUGUUAUCAGAUGAUAACUCAUGCAGCGGGUUCGAAAGAACAUACUGAGGAUGCAAUUAAUAAGUUAUAUGCAAUGAUUGACUUAUAUCGUGACAACCAAGAACUCCCAUCGAUGACCCUAACAGGUUCCAAUGUUGGUUGUACAACAAAGGAGACAACUACAGCUGGUAGUUCAAAGCAAAUAUUUAGUCCACAUGUUGUGAGAGGGAAAGACGAAUCCCCAUCUCUGAGGAGAGCAUCCAGGAUGGAGAAAGAUAUGCGAAAAGUUAAAGCGAAGAUGAAGAAAGCACCAGUAAAGAGGAAACGUAAACAGCGAGAUGGAGGAGAUAUACCUGUCAUGGAUACUUGCAAAAAUUUAUGUGGCCCAUCAGAGAUAGAUAUGUCCAAUAUUGCUAGCGUGCAGGCUGUUCCAGACAACUCAGCUUUUGAUAUUAGUGGAACCCAACUCCAAGAAACAGUGAUUGUGAGUCAAGAAAGUAUGCAAUUUGGAUUGGAUGGAUCACAACCGGUGCAACUUGACUUGGAUGGAUUACAACCAGCACAAUGAGAUGGUUUAAUUUUAAUAUUCAGAAAAUUUUUGUGCAUUGAAUGUAAUUUAUGAACACAUGACAGAACACAUUUUUGUGUAUUGUGUAUUGGAACCAAUGGCUAUGUUAUAUUGGACAAUUAUUUGUAUUUUUGGAUGGUAUGAGAGUUUUUGUAUGUGAAAAUAUUAUGUUGGUUCCAGGUGCAAUUAUAUGAGUGCAAUGAUAUGAGUUU